UCGCAGUCGACAUGCAGCGAGGGCCACACGUCUAGCUGGGGCACGGCCGUCGAUACAUCGACUGUCGACGAUCGCAAACAUUGUCCCUCUACCGGCGGGCGACAGCCUGACGUACCACCUAGCGCGAAAGCGAACCAGUCCCUCGUACUAGUACAGGUAAUCCCCUACGUCCUCGAACCGAUAAGAAACAGUGAACAUAGGACGUUCAUCGAAGAUAAAUUAUUGAUAACUGAGGUCAGAUUGCUUCUGCAGCGACUUCCGGCGUUAUACUAGCAACUGAAGUCAUUUGACAGACAUCUUUUCUGUAUCGUGUGAACUGUGAGCGGUAUUUCGUGGAAGUCUUUCCGCUGUGCGUGUGUCAGGUGUUCCGCGUCCCUCGACGGCACAAGAGGAGAGCGGCCUGCGCUGCUGGUUGCCUGCCCGCGGGAUGGAAGGGGCGCUGAGAGGCCUCGCCCCGGGCUGCAGAUAAGGCGGACCAGAACUUGUUGCGGUGGCGUGAUGGGGGCCACGGGCUAGCGGCCGCCAUGCUGCUGCUGGGACUGCUGUGGCUGUUCGCGUGCGCCGUCGCCACCGCCGAGAAUGGGACGCCCGCCAGUGGGACGCAGCCCUCGACGCGCAUCGCCGUGGACGCGGACGAGCAGCGCCAACCCACGUGGACGUCGCCAGCAGUUACUGCAACAACGCCAGGUGCGUCGCCACCGCAGCCGAGCUCUCCUGACGCUGCGCCCGCCACGACGUCCGUCGCCCCCACUCUCGCCUCCGGCAGCAGCGCCGCGACGCCGGGGGCGGGCAGCACCCGCGCCGCCUACCGCGCGCCGCCACACCCCCACUACCACCUGCACUCGGCGGGCGACGAGCGCCGCCACGGCCCCUACUUCGAGGACGGGCCGGGCCCGCACAACGUGACGGCGCGCGUCGGACACACCGUGCUGCUCGACUGCCGCAUCGGGCUGCUGCAGGGCAAGACGGUGUCGUGGCUGCACCGGCGCCACGACGCGCUGCAGCUGCUGACGGUGGGCCGGCAGGAGUACAGCGCCGACCAGCGCGUCACGCUCAGCUUCCGUUACCCCGGCAACUGGCGGCUGCGCAUCGAGUACGUGCGCCUGCGCGACCAGGGACUCUACGAGUGUCAGGUGGCCACGCACCCGCCGAGGGUGCUGCGGAUCUAUCUCACCGUCACCGCGCCCGAGGUGAACGUGACGGACGACAAGGGCCACCUGGUGAGCGAACGCUACUACAAGGCGGGCAGCGCCGUCGAGCUGACGUGCGUCGCGACGCACCUACAGGGCCCGCAAGAGGCCGUCGUCUGGCGACACGGCGACGCCACUCUCACCACCGGCGUCAGUACAAACGUGAGCGACGAGCAGGACUCCAUGGUGUCGACGCUGACCAUCGAGCGCGCGCAGAAGAGGCACUCUGGCAACUACACGUGUGCCGCCGGCGGCGCCGCCUCCACCACCGUCGCCGUGCACGUGCUCAACGGGCAGCUGCCGGCGGCGGUGCAGCACAACGGCUCGGGGUCUCGGCCGGCCAGCGGCGCAGCUGCCUGCCUGCUGCUGCUGCUGCUUCUGCCGGUGGUGAUGGCGCUGCCCCCGACCUCGCCAGGGCGGUGACGCUAGCUGACGGGCCGGCGACGCCCCUCUGCUGCAGCUGUCCACAGGUUUGUCAUCGGAAUUUAGGACGCUCAAAUGGAUCUGGUGCGGAAAUGAAGACAGAUGAAACUGGAGAAUGAAUGUAGAGCAAGA